AUGUCAAAGCGAAUGCCAAGUUUCGUCGAUUUGGCGCACCGAACCGCUGUCACAGGUCUCGUUGGUCUUGGUAUCUGGGGUCUGUGGCUCACAGCUGCCGUCUGGAAGUCUCGUCGCGAUGAACGAUCGAUCAUUGCUGCAAACGGUGGCCAAGUUCCAAUCUCCCAACAAGCACUCGCCCUAUCGCAGCAGCAGAACGGCCAAGAUCCUUACCCGAUUACCGACGAUCCUAAGCACGAACCUGGUCGAGUAAUCUAG